AGGGAGAGUCCUCUCUGUUCUGAGGUCCAAAAAAAAAAAAAAGAAAAGAAAAUAACACUAUCCACACUAUCAAAGAGGCGUUGAUGUCACGUGACCACGCACACUUACGGAAGCGGCUGUCAUGAUGCAUAUCGCACACUGCGCGCUGGAACAGCACAGGGUUUGGUGAAACCAUGUGGAGGAUACGAUGGUGUCUGCUGCUGCUGGCCACCACAUGUUGCCAAAGCGUCCACACCAAGGACAACGAGGCUCCUCCGAGCCCUGGCCAUGUGUCUGUGGUUAUUGUGGGUGGCACUGGUGACUUGGCAAAAAAAUACCUCUGGCAAGGUUUUUUCCAUCUUUAUGCCACUGAAGUAGGCAAAGGCUACACCUUCUCCUUCUAUGGAGGUGGCCUCUCAUCAACUGAGAAGGGCACUCCACUGCUGUUUGAGAUAUUGAAGGAGUUAAAAUGCCCAUCUGAACUUACGACUGAACGAUGUGCUCUGGUUAAAGAGCAGUUCUUGCGACUGUCCCAGUACCUACAGCUUAAGAGCAUGGAGGAUUAUGAGAAGCUUAGUGAACAGAUCCAGUUGCAGCUGGAUCAGGAAGGCAUGACAGAAGCAGGACGACUAUUUUACAUGUCUGUUCCAGCCUUUGCUUAUGCUGAAAUUGCAGAAAAGAUCAAUAAAACGUGUCACCUCCCAGCUGGAGCAUGGCUCAGGGUUGUUCUGGAGAAGCCAUUUGGACACAGUUUCAACAGCGCCCAGCUUUUAGCAGCACAGCUGAACAAUUUCCUGAAAGAGGAGGAGAUGUACAGGAUUGAUCACUAUUUAGGAAAGCAGGUUGUCUCCCACAUAUUGCCGUUUAGGAAAAAAAAUCAUAAAAUGCUAAAGCCAAUUUGGAACAAGCACCACAUCGAGAGAAUAGAGAUUGUAUUGAAGGAAACGUUGGAUUGCAAAGGCCGGAUUCAGUUUUAUGACCAAUAUGGGGUCAUCAGAGACAUGCUCCAGAACCACCUUACAGAAAUGAUGACCCUUCUGAUGAUGAACAUACCUGCUAACCUCUCAAACAGCGAUGAGGUCCUACAGAACAAGCUAAAAGUCUUUAGUGCCAUUGAAUACCUUGAUAGGAACAAUGUAGUUAUAGGUCAGUAUGAGGGCUAUAAUGCAGAAGUCCAGAUGGAACUCAACAAAACAAAGGAUUAUUUCAGUCGUACCCCAACCUUUGCAGGCGUGGUCAUCUUUGGACGUGGUCCUCAGUAUGCCGGCAUUCCCAUAUUUAUGUCGUCCGGUAAGAUGCUUGAUGAACGUGUUGGAUAUGCUCGAGUUAUAUUCAAAAAUGACAACUUUUGCAUCCAGGACAACAACAGUGUUCACUGCAAACCAAAACAGAUUGUAUUCUAUCUUGGCCAUGGAAGUCUCCAGUAUUCAGCAAUACUUGUUAGCAAAAAUUUGUUCAAGCCAGAUCUGGUGAGUGAUUGGAAAGAGGUUACUGGGCAGAAAGAUGUUUCGGUGCUUGGGUUACCACUCUCUGACUUUUACAUCCAGACUCCAGAGGUGCCCACAGAGACUUAUUAUGAGCUGAUAUCUAAUGUGUUCUAUGGGCGUAAGGAUAGCUUUGUCAGCGCUGAGAACCUCAUGGCAUCCUGGGCUUUCUGGACACCGCUCUUGAAGAGUCUGAACAAUGUCUUUCCACGUCUGUACCCGGGUGGUGCCACUAAUGGUGACCUCCUUAAUUUUCAGCUGCAAGGUCGGCUAGUGUCCUUCAUUAGUGAUGAGGAGGUGAAUAUCAUUAGGCAAGGUGUCGAAGAGAACUUCCAGGUCAUGCAAGGUAAGUUCCGCAGUGCUGACAUGGUGUCUGCCUGGUCCAAAGAACUAGUUGAACGCUUAGCUUCUGACCUGCACAAUGUGGCCGAAGAGGUAGUUCAAGCUGAAGGUCAAUUUCAUCUGGCCUUGUCAGGUGGUUCCAGUCCCAUUGCCCUGUUUCUUCAGCUUGCACAGCACCACUACAACUUCCCAUGGCACAGCACUCAUGUGUGGUUAGCGGAUGAGCGGUGUGUGCCACCCACAGAGUCAGAUUCCAACUUCCGUACCAUUCAUGAUCAGCUACUGCAGAAUGUCCACAUUCCUUACUUCAACACCCAUCCCAUGCCUGUUCAUCUAAACCAGCGGUUGUGUGUUGAGGAAGAUGGAGGUGCGCUCCUUUAUGAGAAGCAAAUAAGCCAGCUUGUCAAUGGCUCUCGUUUUCAUUAUAUAUUGCUUGGUGUAGGCGCGGAUGGCCACACUGCUUCACUAUUCGAAGACACCAAUCUGAAAAAUAUUGGGAAAAACCUAGUGGCCCUGACUGAAAGUCCAACGAAACCUCACCAGCGAAUGAGUCUUACAUUCACUGCCAUCAACAAAGCUCACAGGGUAGGAAUACUGGUCAUGGGGAAGAGAAAACAUGAGCUUGUUGUUCAACUCAGUAGAAUUAAGGGGAAAACUCCCAAGUAUCCAAUCACAAGUGUACAGCUAAAUGAUGGCCAUCUAACAUGGUAUAUAGACUAUGAUGCACUUUUAGGAUAAGAGGCAGAAACGGUAGGAAUACUAGAACUUAAACUACGUAGCGUUAUACUCAGUGUACUAUAAUAUCAGGGAUCCACUGGGUGUUUGAUUGAUUUCAAUAGCACUCUGUUAAUUAUAAAACACAUUUUUUAAAAUCUGCCCACAAUAAUGUGUGCAGAAUAAAAAGAAAAAUCAACAUAAAAAAGGGAACCUUCUUGCAAUAAGUGAGAUAUGGGUACACCACAAUGAUAAUAAUUGUUAUCUCUUGAAAUCCUAUAUGAAAUAGAUUAUUUGAGAAAAAGAAAAAAAAAGAUGCCAGUUCGUAAAGAUAACUUGGAUUAGGUUUAUAUUUACAGAUCCAAUUUAAAGAGCAAAUUUAAAGGUCUUUUUUAGUACUGCACACUUGUCCAUUUUUUCAUCCUUUUGAAUAAUUGAUUGCAUUCCAUGUUUUCUAUUUCUGAUGCCUUUUGUUCAGGUUGUAAACGGGAAAGUACAGCACUGUGAAUAUUAAUAUUAAAACAAAAAUAAAUGUGAUAUUUCAAAUUGUUGUUGCGCUAUCGUAAAAGGGAAAAAAAUUUAAGGAGCAUGCUAUAAUGUAAAAACUCCUGCUGUGAUCAGUGGGUCAUACAUGCAGCCCUGUAACUGCCUUUAAAACAAGUAUUUAGACACACAAAUCCUCAAGGUGUGUCUUUAGCCUGUUAUGGCUGUUUUUUUAACAUGUACACAUGGAUGAAUGGUAUCAUAACAUUCUGAAUCAUCACAUAAAAUGACAUUUUUGGAACUGUUUUUAUCUGUGAUUAGUCUAAAUGAGUGUAUGUAAGGAUUUUCUUACCUCACUGGCUUUUAAAAUACUGGCUUUCUAUAUUAAAGCUAUAUUUCAGCUGUAGAAUCAGGCUUUCACGUUUUGCCAAUUCCACUUUUGCUUUUUAAGUCGGACAUUCCAGAACUAUACAAUUACAAAAUAAUACCUCACAAUAAAGUGCCUUAUCAUUUGUAUUAGUUAAAAACACAAACCUGUUGGUGUUCUUUCAAAGGAUACCUUUCCAUUUCAUUAAAACUACAGGGAAGUGGUGAUGACACUGGAAUAAAAUUGGAAAGAGUUUUUUUUUAUUAUUGCUUUCAGUUUAAAUGACAUAAUUGUCUGUUUUAAAUGCUUUGGUUGAGUAUCAAAUGCAAAGUACUGUAAAAUCUGCAAUGUACAAUCGGACAAAUCAAACAUGCUUUACAGAUUGUCUUUCCAUUCAGUAUGUUUCACAGAUUUUCUUACAGAAAGGAUUUGUCAAAAUUUGAAAUAAAGUGUUAUUAUUAGA